AUGUCGUCACCAAGGUCAGCCCUGCAACCUCGUCAGAGCACCGCCACCAAGAGAAAGAGCCCAACCGUGCCUCUGCCUCUGCCUCAUUCCUCCCCAGAUUUGAAGUCUGUGAAGAGAUCCAAGUCAGGUCUGCUGCGGCCCAAGGAAAGCAAGACUGUCUUUGUUGGCCUCAUAGAGACAACUCAAAGCCCAGAGGAGGUACAGGAAAUUGAGACAGUGGGUGCCAGGCAACUCCAGGGGAGCUGGGUCUGGGGAGGGCAGCAGAAGCCUCUCAUGAAGAGCCUUAAAAGUGCUUUGAAAAGUUUUCGAUACAGCAGGUUCGAGAAGGGGGAAAAAAAAAACAACAGGCGGACCUUGCCAAGCGCUGCAAGGACUAUCCGCAGCUCCGGGGCUGCUACGGUAGAGCGCUGGGAGGGCCGCACAUGCGCAGUCCGUCCCGCCCGUCGGCGCUCAGCCCCGCCCCUCGAAGACCUCCGCUUCCCUGAGCGCUUGCGGGCCAGCGGGCCAGCGGGCGUACGGACGCGGACGCGCGGACUGCGGCUGCGCAGACGCGGUAGGCGUGCGUCUGUGGAUCCGGCGCCUUUUUCUCUCUCUAGUGUCCCGAGUGCUUGUUUUGCGAAGAGCCGUUGGGCCAGGCAGGUGCCGAAAGUCUGGGGUCUUGGACCCCGGCCAAGCCUCGGCAGCACGGAGGUGCAGGGUGUCGCCGAAAGUGCGGGGCCGGACGUCGUCGGCGGCGUGCCCCGCCCCGGGGCCCUCGCUCCUGCCACGGCCUCGGCCCUGACCCCUGCCCCUGUCGCGGCGGCGCCGGCCUCGCAGUUCACCCUGCUGGUGAUGCACCCCUGUGGGGGGCAGGACGAGGCCGCGGCCGAGGGCGUCCUGAGGCAGGCCCCGGGCCCCGGGAGCAGCGUCGGGGCGUGCCAGCCGGUCCGGUAUCUGUGUGAAGUGCCCGGAGAUGGCGAGGAGGAGGCAGGGGAGGACGAAGCCGAUCUGCUGGACACGUCGGACCCCCCAGGGGGAGGCGAGAGCACGGCUAGUUUGGAGGAUCUGGAGGACGAGGAGGCCCACUCGGGGGGCGAGGGCAGCAGCGGGGGAGCCCGGAGGCGGGGCAGCAGCGGGAACAGCAUGAGCAAGACCUGUACCUACGAGGGCUGCAGCGAGACCACGAGCCAGGUGGCCAAGCAGCGCAAGCCCUGGAUGUGCAAGAAACACCGCAACAAGAUGUACAAGGACAAGUACAAAAAGAAGAAGAGCGACCAGGCCCUGAGCUGUGGCGGGACUUCCUCCGCUGGCAGCGCGGGCAACGUCAAACUGGAGGAAAGUGCAGAUAACAUACUCUCUAUUGUUAAACAAAAAACAGGAUCUUUGGGGGAUCGUCCUGCAAGACCUACUCUUUUAGAACAAGUGUUAAAUCAAAAAAGACUGUCAUUACUGAGAAGUCCAGAAGUGGUGCAGUUUUUACAGAAGCAACAACAACUAUUAAAUCAGCAAGUUUUGGAGCAAAGACAACAGCAGUUUCCAGGAGCAUCAGUGUGAGAAAAGUAUCAAGAACAUCUUUAUCUUUCUUAUGUUAUUGUAACAGAUGAACGUAUUUUUAUACUUAAGAUAAAUGGGGUAAUAUAUGUUAAUAGAGUGUAAACGUUUUCCUGUAAAUGUGUGUGUGCAUUUGGGGAUAAAUAAGUAUUGCGCUUUGUGCAUCUGAUCCUUUUAGAUCACCAUGAGUUUGAAGAAAUCAGCUUAUCUUCCCAAAAUAACAUUUAAUUACAAUGUUGUUUAAAAUAUGUUCCUCUUCAGUCAUCAUUACUGAAGAUAAUGAAGCAGUUACUUUCUAUGGAAGUCAUGAAGUUAGUAAAUAUUAAUCUUGAAUCAGCUAGCUCAGUGGUUCUUAUCAAAGGGCAGUUGGAAGUGUGUUUUUUAUUUGUCAUAGUGACUUUGAAAACUCCUGGUUUUUAGUGAGUAAGCCAGAAAUGCUAAAUGUUCUGCAGUGUCCAGAGUAGUUCCACACACUACAAAUUAUCUCACGCACAAUGCCAAUAACAUCCCUCUUAAUAAAUACCUGUGGCAGUUUGUGGUGGUAACAUGUAGUCACGGCACUUAGAAUUGGGUUCUCAUAAUAAACUUUAUCAAAGAGGUAAGCACAUCUUAUUUAUAUCUGUAAGGAAAGAUCACUUUCCUUAUAGAUCAUUGUUUAAUACCUGUGGAAUUGGGACAUGGGUCUCUUUUCAGAGAUGUGCUGUAAAACAUAAGAGGAGUUAACUCCGUGCACUAGAAUGACUGAGUCUCUUACAAUUGGCUUCUCUGUUGCAUGGUACCCAAUAGUAUUGCUCUCUUUUAAAGCAGACACGUGUGUGUUGAAUUUAUGAAAUAUAGUAUAGAUAUCAACCUACCUGACAAAAUUGCUUUUAUUAUACUCAUUUUUCAUCAAAGAUAUGAAAAAUAGAUUCUUUUCAAAAAGAAAAUCCUAAAAAUAAGUAUAACAUUUAGCAUUUUGUCAUUGUUUUUAAAAUUGAGCUAUUUUAAGACUGUUAUUUGUAAGUAAUAUUAAAAUACAGUAGGUAACCUGGAUACUUUUUCUUGUGUUUUCUCCUGGAAAAACUUUAAAAAGGCAAACCUAUUAAUAAUAAACCAGAUGUCAAGAGAAUCUAUCCAAUUUUAGGAUAAUAAAUGUACAUGUCUCAAGUUUAACUGCAAAAAUGUGUUACUUGGUUUUUAAGCUCUGAGAUAUACAUCAAAUUGAACUUAGUCUUGGUUGUUCUGUAAAGUACUUAUGGAAAAAGUGUUUUCAUUCAUUUUUUAUAUGUUUUACAUCCAAAUAUCUGUUCAAAAAUGUUUUUACCAUAAUUAUUUAUUAAAGUCCAGUUGUUGA